UUGAACCGGCCGGUUGAAUUUUAUUGUUCUGCCCGAAGUUCAGUUCAAUCCCGUCGAGUGUCAAAUUAGAUAACUCGGACGUUGGAGAAAAAAUGAAGGGCGUCUGGAUGCUGUUAUCGGCGCUUAUCUUAGCACUGCUAGUGGAUGCUGGCUUUUGUCAGGGUGCUAGCAGUCAUAACAACAGCAUAAGAGCUAGAGUGCAGCCGUACGGCAAAUACGAACCUAAUUGGGCUAGUUUGGACUCCAGGCCGUUGCCUCAAUGGUACGACGAGGCAAAGGUGGGAAUUUUUGUGCAUUGGGGUGUAUACUCGGUGCCCAGCUACGGUUCCGAGUGGUUCUGGAUCAACUGGCAGGGAACCAAAACUGAGGGAUACGUGAAGUUCAUGGCCGAUAACUACAAACCUGGAUUUACUUAUCAGGACUUUGCCAGCGACUUUACGGCAGAACUCUUCAACGCAACGGAAUGGGCGCAACUUUUCGCACAAUCCGGUGCUCGUUACGUGGUCCUCACGAGCAAACAUCACGAAGGGUACACGUUAUGGCCUUCGAAGCAUACCUUCAGCUGGAACUCAGUUGACGUAGGUCCUCAUCGGGACAUUAUUGGAGAACUGUCCACGGCCAUCAGGGAAAAUACCCGGCUUACUUUCGGUGUUUACUAUUCGCUCUUUGAGUGGUUCAAUCGGCUGUACAUUGAUGAUAAGUUACAUGCCUUCCUCAAGCACGACUACGUUGACACCAAGGUUUGGCCGGAGUUGAAGGAACUCAUCAAUACCUAUCGACCGGAAGUGCUCUGGAGUGAUGGCGAUUGGGAAGCACCCGAUGGAUACUGGAAGGCUCAGGAAUUUUUGACCUGGUUGUACAACGAAUCUCCCGUCAAAGAUACGGUGGUCACAAAUGAUCGCUGGGGUAUUGGAACGCUCUGUCUGCAUGGGGACAUCUACACAUGUUCCGAUCGGUAUAAUCCAGGAGUACUUCAGAAGCAUAAGUGGGAGAAUGCGAUGACAAUCGAUAAGCAGAGCUGGGGUCAUCGACAGAACGCUAAGCUGGAGGAUUUCCUAUCGUCGGAUGAGCUGAUUGGCCAGAUUGCUUCUACGGUAAGCUGUGGAGGAAAUAUUUUGAUCAAUGUUGGUCCCACCAAGUACGGUACGAUUGAUCCGAUUUUUGUCGAGCGUCUCACUGAUAUGGGUCGAUGGUUGAAGAACAAUGGUGAAGCCAUCUACAAGACAAAGCCGUGGAUCUUCCAGAACGAUACGGUUACUUCGGACGUUUGGUACACCUCAAAAAUUCAAAGUGGAACCAAGAUCCUGACGCAUGUCUACGCAAUAGUACUCAACUACCCUUUUGCGACCAAUAACGUUGUCCUUGGUGCAUUGGAGAAGUUCUACUCGGACAUCACUCACAUAACGAUGAUUGGAUUUGACAUCAGCUUAAUGUGGCAAGUCGUCGACAACGGAAUUCAGGUGGAGUUCCCUUCGAAGAUCGAGAUCGAUCGUAAGAAUAUGCUGCACGCAUGGACCCUGAAAAUUGGACUGGACAGUCGUAAAAAGAAGUCAAGGGCUGCGGUCAAAACUGUGGUCCCAUAAAUGAGGCACACACCGGAAUGAGACUUUUAUGUCCGAGUCAGACUGCGUUUGAUGUUGGUAUUUAGGUACUCAUUGUAUGCAUUUAUCUAUGGAAACAGUAAAGGGCUCUCAGGAGCAUGUAAGAUUA